AUGAUUCUGCAACACAAUUCGAUCAUGAUGUUGUUCCUCUACUUCAUCCUCCCAUGGCUCUGUGGCGCCAUUCCAAGCCCACAUGCACCAGCAAAACCACGACAGGCAACCUCCCCUUACUGGUUCUCUCAGAUCGAGCGACAAGGAACCGUUGCUUUCGGCUCUGACCCAAACUACAAGAUCUUUCGCAAUGUCAAAGACUAUGGCGCUGUUGGUGAUGGCGUGACCGAUGAUACAGUUGCCAUCAACAAUGCCGUCUCUGACGGAAGUAGAUGUGGAAUGGGCUGCGACAGCUCAACUACCACACCGGCAAUUGUCUACUUUCCUCCUGGUACAUAUGCUGUAUCGGCACCCAUCGUCCAGUACUACUACACACAAUUUGUCGGUGAUGCUAUCACUAUCCCGACCAUUAUGGCUCUACCAAGUUUUGAGGGUCUCGCAAUCAUUGACACCGAUCCAUACAUCCCCGGCGGCAACGGUGCCCAGUGGUACACCAACCAAAACAAUUUCUACCGCCAAGUGCGAAACUUCGUGAUUGACUUGACCCAUAUGCCAGAGGACAGAGGUGCUGGGAUCCACUGGCAAGUUGCACAAGCGACCAGCUUACAGAACAUUGUUUUCAAUAUGUGCGCCAAAAGUCCCACCAACAAGCAGCAGGGAAUCUUCAUGGACAAUGGAUCUGGGGGCUUCAUCAGCGACCUUGUUUUCAACGGUGGCAAUUACGGUGCAUUCUUGGGCAACCAGCAAUUCACCAGCAGGAACUUGACCUUCAACGGAUGCAAUACUGCGGUUUUCAUGAACUGGAAUUGGCUGUGGACCUUCAAAUCGCUGUCCAUCAAUCAAUGCGAUGUCGGUAUCGACAUGUCUAACCUGGCUGAUGCCACCAAUCAGACUGUCGGCUCUAUCGUCGUUCUCGACAGCGUCAUGAGAAACACCGGCAUCGGAAUUAAGACAUCGUACAAUCAAACAAGUCAGCCAUCAACGGGUGGGACGCUGGCUCUGCAGAAUGUGGAUUUCACCAGUACUCAAGUUGCAAUCGUCGGUGCAAACGGUGUGGAUCAGAUUCUCGCAGGAUCGACUGUCGUCCAGUCAUGGGGCCAAGGUGACGCAUAUCGUCCAGGCGAUAUUUCUCAACGAGUCAAACGGACGCCACAGGCAGAUAUAAGUUCGACAUCUGGUGCUUGUUCAACUACCACAACUACAGAAACAGUGACAGUUUCGCCUGUGCCCGCGACCGUCAAUAUUUCUGUGACCACCACAACAGUGACUGUCUCUGCCCUGCCACCCCCUAGCACUAGUACAGGUGUUGGAAUAGGUAAUUAUACCUCGAGUGCUUCCAGUUCAAAAGUUUGCACUGCAACAUCGGUGGCACUGCAAUCAGCACGAGUCCAGCAACAGCUGACAGCGCCCACGUUGCCUGCAUCCCUUAUGAACGGCAAUGCUGUGUUCGAACGAUCGAAGCCACAAUAUGAAAACACACCAGUCUCGUCGUUUGUGAGCGUCAAGUCUGCGGGAGCCAAAGGGGACGGCGUGACUGAUGACACCGCUGUCAUCCAGAGCAUCUUGGACAAGGCGGCCCCCGGCCAGAUAAUAUACUUCGAUCAUGGCGCCUACGUUGUCACAAACACAGUGAAGGUACCAAACAAUAUCAAAAUCACUGGCGAGAUAUGGCCUUUGAUCAUGGCCAAGGGUAGUGCUUUCGCAGACCUGAACAAUCCAAAACCCGUUUUCCAAAUUGGUCUGCCAGGCGAUACUGGCUCUGUGGAAAUCACAGACCUCAUCUUUGAGACAAUGGGGCCGCUGCCUGGGGCAAUCAUGGUGGAAUGGAACGUGGCCGAGACAUCUCAGGGCUCUUGUGGGAUGUGGGAUGUCCACUUCCGCAUCGGAGGAACUGCAGGCACCCUCUUACAGCAAGACACCUGCCAGGCCAAUGUGACCGGGUCUUUCCAAUUCAAGCCGGAAUGUGCGGGCUCAUUUUUGAUGAUGCAUAUUACACAGCAGGCCUCGGCCUAUCUCGAAAACUGUUGGUUUUGGGUUGCUGAUCAUGAACUUGACCUCACUGGCCACAGUCAAACCGACAUCUUCAAUGGCCGUGGUCUCUUGGUGGAGAGUCAAGGCCCUGUAUGGCUUUGGGGUACUUCAUCGGAGCACAGCCAGCUUUACAACUACCAAUUCUCCAACGCGCAAGACAUUUUCAUGGGUGCCAUCCAGACCGAGACUGCGUACAUGCAGGCCUCGCCUGACGCUUUAAAUGGAGGAUUUCCGCCAAACCCCACCUUUAAGGACCCAAACUUUGCAGACUGCACUACCGAAUCCUGCAAGAAGACCUGGGGCUUGCGCAUUGUUGAUUCUGACAAUGUGUACAUGUAUGGCGCGGGCCUGUACAGUUUCUUCGACAAUUACAUCCAGUCUUGCCUGGAUACGGAGUCCUGUCAGGAAAACAUGGUCGACAUCGAGUGUUCGACGAAUGUGAGCCUGUAUGGCCUCACGACUAAGGCGUCGGUCAACAUGGUCAGCAUCGAUGGCACCCCGGAGGCUGUGGGUCGGGACCACGUCAACGGGUUUGGGCAAACACUGCUGUUGUUCGAAACCUAG